AAAAACCAAAAGAAUCUCCAACUCCUGAGAAAAAAAAUCAAACUCCGUGUGAUCGAUUAGUUUCUGGGAUUACACUUCAAUCAGUAUUUAUGAGUUUGAAGAUGAAAUUUUAGAAGAGUGUUUUUGCUUCCACGCAAAAAAAAAAAAAAAUGAAGCGUUUUGUAUACAUUAACGAUGAUGAAGCUUCAAAAGAGCUUUGUUGUGAUAACCGUAUAUCUAACAGAAAGUAUACGUUGUGGAAUUUUCUUCCAAAGAACUUGUGGGAGCAAUUCAGCCGGUUCAUGAACCAAUAUUUUUUGUUGAUUGCUUGCCUUCAGCUCUGGUCACUUAUCACCCCGGUAAAUCCUGCUAGUACAUGGGGUCCGUUAAUAUUCAUAUUUGCGGUCUCGGCUUCGAAAGAAGCUUGGGAUGAUUACCACAGGUAUCUAUCAGAUAAGAAAGCAAAUGAGAAAGAAGUUUGGAUAGUGAAACAGGGGAUCAAGAAGCAUAUUCAAGCACAGGAUAUACAAGUUGGCAAUAUUGUUUGGUUGCGUGAGAAUGAUGAAGUUCCUUGUGAUCUAGUUUUGCUUGGUACCUCUGAUCCACAAGGUGUUUGCUAUGUAGAGACUGCUGCUUUAGACGGGGAAACUGAUCUCAAAACAAGAGUCAUACCUUCAGCAUGUGUGGGAAUUGAUUUAGAAUUGUUACACAAAAUGAAAGGUGUGAUUGAAUGUCCUAUUCCAGAUAAGGAUAUUCGAAGAUUUGACGCAAACAUGCGCUUAUUUCCGCCAUUUAUUGACAAUGAUGUCUGUUCUUUAACCAUAAAAAACACUCUUCUUCAGUCCUGUUACUUGAGAAAUACAGAGUGGGCUUGUGGAGUAUCUGUCUAUACAGGGAACCAAACUAAGCUUGGUAUGAGUAGGGGUAUAGCUGAGCCGAAGCUUACGGCUAUGGAUGCAAUGAUUGAUAAACUGACUGGAGCAAUAUUCGUUUUCCAAAUUGUCGUUGUUAUGGUCCUCGGUGUAGCUGGAAAUGUUUGGAAAGAUACAGAAGCAAGGAAGCAAUGGUAUGUGCAGUAUCCAGAGGAAGCCCCGUGGUAUGAGCUGCUUGUAAUCCCUUUGCGGUUUGAACUCCUAUGCUCCAUCAUGAUACCCAUCUCCAUUAAGGUGUCUCUAGAUCUGGUUAAGGGUCUUUAUGCAAAAUUUAUAGAAUGGGAUGUGGAGAUGAUAGAUCAAGAGACUGGUACAGCAUCUUAUGCAGCAAACACAGCAAUAAGCGAGGACCUUGGGCAAGUAGAGUACAUUUUGACCGACAAAACUGGGACCCUGACAGACAACAAGAUGAUAUUUAGAAGAUGCUGUAUUGGUGGCAUAUUUUAUGGGAAUGAGAAUGGAGAUGCUUUAAAAGAUGCACAACUUCUUAAUGCCAUUACCAGUGGCUCUACAGAUGUUAUCCGAUUUCUUACAGUUAUGGCCAUCUGCAACACAGUUAUACCUGUGCAGAGCAAAGCUGGAGAUAUUGUUUACAAGGCGCAAUCUCAGGAUGAAGACGCUCUUGUAAUUGCUGCUGCAAAGUUGCAUAUGGUCUUUGUUGGCAAAAAUGCCAAUCUUCUAGAAAUCAGAUUUAAUGGUUCGAUAAUUCGCUAUGAGGUACUGGAGAUUCUUGAAUUCACUUCAGAUCGAAAAAGAAUGUCAGUGGUAGUGAAAGAUUGUCAGAAUGGGAAAAUUAUACUUCUGUCAAAAGGUGCAGAUGAAGCAAUCCUUCCGUAUGCAUGUGCUGGUCAACAAACCCGAACUAUUGGUGACGCCGUAGAACACUAUUCCCAGCUGGGGCUCCGAACAUUGUGUUUGGCUUGGCGUGAACUGGAAGAGAAUGAGUAUCUAGAGUGGUCAGUGAAGUUUAAGGAGGCUAGUAGUCUUCUGGUUGAUAGGGAGUGGAGAAUUGCUGAGGUCUGUCAAAGAUUAGAACAUGAUCUUUAUAUUCUAGGGGUCACUGCAAUAGAGGACCGGUUGCAGGAUGGUGUACCAGAGACAAUCGAGACACUUAGAAAAGCAGGGAUAAACUUUUGGAUGCUGACCGGAGAUAAGCAGAAUACAGCUAUACAGAUUGCUCUUUCCUGUAAUUUUAUCUCCCCAGAGCCUAAAGGUCAACUUCUGAUGAUUGAUGGAAAAACUAAAGAAGAUGUUUCUCGAAGUUUGGAGAGGGUUUUGCUUACAAUGCGGAUUACAGCUUCAGAACCUAAGGACGUGGCAUUUGUUAUUGAUGGCUGGGCUCUAGAAAUUGCUCUGAAACACCAUCACAAGGAUUUUGUUGAAUUAGCUAUACUUUCUAGGACAGCCAUAUGUUGUCGCGUCACACCUUCACAGAAAGCCCAGUUAGUUGAAAUCUUAAAAUCCUGCGAUUAUCGAACCCUUGCAAUUGGUGACGGUGGGAAUGAUGUAAGAAUGAUACAGCAAGCUGAUAUCGGGGUCGGCAUUAGCGGAAGAGAAGGGCUGCAGGCAGCAAGAGCUGCAGAUUAUAGCAUUGGAAGAUUCAGGUUUCUGAAAAGACUGAUUCUUGUUCAUGGGAGGUAUUCAUAUAACCGGACAGCAUUUUUGUCCCAGUAUUCCUUCUACAAAUCGUUGUUGAUAUGCUUCAUCCAGAUUUUCUUCUCGUUUAUUUCAGGCGUUUCUGGAACCAGUCUUUUCAAUUCGGUUAGCCUGAUGGCUUAUAACGUUUUCUACACCAGUAUUCCUGUUCUUGUUAGCGUAAUUGAUAAAGAUCUUAGUGAAGCAUCAGUGAUGCAACACCCUCAAAUUUUGUUCUACUGCCAAGCUGGAAGGCUUCUAAACCCAAGCACAUUUGCGGGGUGGUUUGGCCGAUCCCUUUUUCACGCAAUUGUUGUAUUUGUAAUAACCAUACACGCAUAUGCUUACGAGAAAAGUGAAAUGGAGGAGCUUGGAAUGGUAGCUCUUUCUGGAUGUAUAUGGCUUCAAGCUUUUGUUGUGGCUCAAGAAACCAAUUCCUUUACGGUGUUGCAACACCUUUCCAUUUGGGGAAAUCUGGUCGCUUUCUAUGCAAUCAACUUUCUCUUCAGCGCAAUACCGUCAUCCGGAAUGUACACCAUCAUGUUCCGCCUCUGUUCUCAACCUUCUUACUGGAUAACAAUGUUUCUCAUAGUUGGAGCAGGCAUGGGUCCUAUAUUCGCAUUGAAGUACUUCCGCUACACAUACAGACCCAGCAAAAUCAAUAUACUCCAACAAGCUGAAAGAAUGGGUGGUCCAAUACUGACUCUAGGAAACAUCGAAACGCAACCAAGGACCAUUGAGAAGGACUUGUCUCCAUUAUCCAUCACUCAGCCCAAAAACAGAAGCCCGGUCUAUGAGCCAUUGCUAUCAGAUUCUCCAAACGCAACACGACGCUCAUUUGGCCCUGGAACUCCAUUCGAGUUUUUCCAAUCACAGUCAAGAUUAUCAUCAUCGUCUGGUUACACCAGAAACUGCAAAGACAACUAAAAAACAUUUUCUUUUUCUUUCAAAUUUUUACAUUUCCGUGACGUUUGUGACUUUUCUGAUCUCAAUGGUAAAUGCAGUCCAAGUCGCGGGAAUUAACCAGAA